AAGUAAUCUCACGACCCAACGCACCACUUAAAAAUGCUUAAAAAAAUCAUGUUCUGCGCAUAAUAAAUCAAGAAAAGAUCCCUUAGACAAUGUUGUCACCUAUUAUGCCUCUUCAAAACUGCUAUAAACAUUUAUGAUCCGAAGUUCAUACAUAACUCACUCCGCAGCCAUACUCUCACACCGGAAAGCUCUUUCCGUUCUUCAAAAAUAGUAAUAAUUUUUCAGAAGGAGAUCUCCAAGCAACAAUGAGUGAUGAAGUAGCUCUAUUGGAUUUCUGGGCAAGUCCAUAUGGGAUGAGAGUUAGAAUAUGUUUAGCAGAAAAAGGAAUCAAAUAUGAACACAUUAACGAAAACCUUAGACCAACAAAGGGAGAUCUUCUUCUAAAGAUGAACCCGGUUAACCAAAAAAUCCCUGUUCUGAUCCAUAAUGGUAAACCCAUUUCUGAAUCCCUCAUAAUUGUUCAAUACAUUGAUGAAGUAUGGAAUGCUGAAUCUCCUUCUUGGCUACCUGCUGAUCCUCAUCAAAGAGCUAAUGCAAGGUUCUGGGGAGAUUACAUUGACAAAAAGAUGUAUGACUACGGAAAGAAGGUAUUCAUCACCAGAGGAGAAGAAAGGGAGAACGCUAAGAAGGAAUUUGUUGAUAUUCUGAAGGUUUUGGAAGGAGAGCUUGGAGAUAAACUUUACUUUGGUGGUGACAACUUUGGGUUUGUAGAUAUAGCUCUGAUUCCAUUCCACAGCUGGUUUUAUUCAUUUGAGAUGGCUGGGAAUUUUAGUAUUGAGAAAGAGUGUCCUAAAUUGAUUGCUUGGGCUAAGAAAUGUAUGGAAAAUGCAAGUGUUUCUAAAACACUUCCUGAUCCAGUUGAGACAUUUGAAGAACUCAAGACUUGGUAUCCAAUUGUGUAGAUCUUUAAGUUCUUAAAUUAGGGGCUCAAGCCAGUAGCUACAAGUCCACAAUGUGAUUGAUUGAAUUUCAAUUACAAUUUAAGAGUUUGUCGAAUCGACAAUUUGAUUAAUCUCAUCUCAUGUAUGAGUCUUGGUCCCCUGUUUUGGUUUUUGAAAUUUAAUGAAUUGAUCUUCUCAUUGCAA